AUGGCGUCUAACACGAUGUUGCAAAAGAUAAAAAAAAUUGAAAAGCUGCCACUAUACCUAGCAGGUGGCUUUAAUUUUCCUGAUAUCACUGAAACAAGUAACGAUGGCCAGCAGCUAUUGCCUAAAAACUCCCAACCUUUUUUUUCAGAUUUGGCCAAAUCUCUAGCCGGAGAUGGGUUUUCAUUGGUACAACGUAAAAAUAAACAGCAGCGAACGUUGACUCAUGAAAUCAAAGAUGUCAAUGAAGAUGUACUUGGAGUUGAAGUUCACAACCUGGAAGACAGCCACAAACUCAUUGUACCUAAAAAAUUCCACAAAGUUGUUGGUAACAAAACUGAAUCUGUAAAACUUAAGGCAAAGAAGAUUCCGAGUUUCCGGUUAUAUAUUGGUAACCUUUUUGAUUGCACGAGUGCUGAUGAAAAAAAACCAGAUGAUAAUUCUGAAUUGAAAGACAAUUUCCUGGCAAAUGCAUUUAGUAUAUGUAUUGAUAAGCAAGAUCUUGUGAAAAUAAGAGAUCCUAAUAUCUGGCCUUCAGAUGUUAUCAUCAGAGAUUGGAUAUUCAACAAACAUCCCAAUCAAAUCAAUGACCACACCAUGGAGUAA